CAAGAAGAGCAGAAAAGAAAAGGAAGCAAACCAAAUUUACAUAGCAGUAGUACCAUAUUUAGUUGACUAAAUCCUUGAUAGGGGUAGAGGAGAAUGGUUGAAUCAUCAGCAGCAAUAACUGAUUUGCUCCGCCAGUGUGGUGGUUAUGCAGUCAUAGAUGGUGGUCUUGCUACAGAACUUGAACGUCAUGGUGCUGACCUCAAUGAUCCUCUAUGGAGUGCCAAAUGUCUCAUGACUUCCCCUCACCUCAUCAGAAGAGUACACCUUGAUUACCUUGAAGCUGGUGCUAAUAUCAUAAUAUCUGCUUCAUAUCAGGCUACUCUUCAGGGAUUUGUAGCUAAGGGGAUAUCAAGAGAAGAAGGUGAAGCUUUACUGAGGAAAAGUGUUGAAAUAGCACGCGAGGCACGGGAUAUAUAUUGUGAUAGAGCCAGCAAAGGUUCUUGGGAUGUUAUUGGUGAUCCAAAAGCUUUAAAACGUCCACUCCUUGUUGCUGCUUCUGUUGGAAGCUAUGGAGCUUAUCUUGCUGAUGGCUCUGAAUAUAGUGGCAUAUAUGGGGAUGCGGUGACUCUGGAGACUUUGAAAGAUUUCCAUAGAAGAAGAGUUCAGGUUCUUGCUGACUCUGGUGCUGACCUGAUUGCAUUUGAGACAAUUCCAAACAAAUUGGAAGCUAUGGCCUAUGCUGAGAUUCUCGAGGAAGAGAACAUAAAAAUUCCGGCCUGGUUUUCUUUCAAUUCUAAGGAUGGGAUCAAUGUAGUUAGUGGGGAUCCUAUUUCAGAUUGUGCUGCAAUUGCUGAUUCAUGUGAUCGAGUUGUUGCUGUUGGAAUCAACUGCACUGCUCCUAGAUAUAUUGAUGGACUUGUCCGAUCAAUCAAGAAGGUCACUACUAAACCGAUCCUGAUAUAUCCGAACAGUGGUGAAACUUAUGAUCCUGACAGAAAGGAAUGGGUGCCUACAACAGGGGUUGCAGAUGGAGAUUUUGUAUCCUACGUUGGGAAAUGGCACGACUCGGGGGCCUCUCUCAUCGGAGGUUGUUGCAGGACCACUCCGAACACCAUCAGAGCAAUCUCUAAAUCUCUAUCUAGCCAACAAGACUCCUUAGAUUUUGUAGCACCCUGAAAUUCCAAGUCUUAUUUUCAUAACCAGCAAGACUAGGCAAGGCCUAGUCCUAUCUCCAUGUGUAUGCUUCACGCCUAAAUAAAUGUUAAUUAACUCUCGGGUGGUUGUUUUUUUUCUUACUUUGACCACCUGGUGUUUCUA